GGACUGCUGGGUUUCUUCUGCGCAUGUGCAGACCCGGAUCCGCCGCCUCAGGCCACGUUGCCUGACUUGAACCGGAGGGGAUCUCUAAGCCUUCCGAUCUACGCGGAACCCCAGGUUAUACGGUUGGGGAGAGAGCGCUGGUGACCUGCUGGUACUGGUAAACCUGUGUCUGCGGGACGGGGAGAGAUGGUCACGGGAACUCCCAGGCGGCUCACCCCUCUUCCCGAGCCCUUUGGGCUCCGGAGGCGCUGGUGGGACCGAGGCCGUCAGGAGAAGGUGCUUGGUGCGGCCGGGCGUGCAGGACGGUGUGCCUGCCCAGCCUGCAGCCGCAUUGGAGAAAGGCCAAUGCCGGUGUCGGGAGGGGCUUGUGCAUUUAUAAGGCCGACUGCGAAUGUGCCUUAAACCGGGAGCAGUGAAUAUGCGGGGUCUGGGAGUUUUGAGACCAGAAGUAAACAAAAAACAAACCAGUUGCGAUGGAGUGGACUCCGAAUUGAUGGCAACCCCAUGUGUGUCAGAGUAGAACCGUGCUCCACAGGGUUUUCAGCGGCAAACUUUUCAGAAGUGGAUUGCGAAGGCUUUCUUUCGAGGUACCUCUGGGUGGGCUGAACCUCCAAUAUUUUGGUUAUAAGCCAAGUGGUUAACUGAGCCAGAAAAAAAAAAAGAAAUAUGUUUUUUUUUUUUUUCUGGAGACCAGGUAAAUUCCAGCUCUGUCACCUGUAAGCAAGGGCUAGAUAGUAACCUGGGUAAGAGGCCACUCGUUUGCAAAUGAGGAUAUUAAUUGUAACUGCUGCUAUUCUGAGAAAUAAAUUGACAUGAUAAAACAUUUUGUCAAGUGCCUGCAGUAAUCACCAUGUAAAUGUAAGCGUUAUCGACUAAGAGACACUUUGUUCCUUUCAGUUGGUAUCUCAUUUAAUCCUCACAGCAAUCCUAUUUGUUAUAAACCUGCCAUUAAAAAAAAAAAAGUUCCAGAGGGUAAAAUUAUAUAUCACAGGUCACAAAAGAAUGGGUGAGGGAACUAGAAUGAAAAUACCGUUUUGCUUCACUUCCAGUCUCCUGCUGUUCUUAAUAGUCUACCUGUUUAAACCCCAGAGUUGCCACUUUCAGAGCACUAGCAGAGUGUCCUGGCCCAAAUCCUCAGAGAUAUGAUUGUCAAGGGAAUAUGGACAGAAUCUCACCAUGUGGUAAAUAUAUUCUGGGAUUUUGGGGGUUUCUCCAGAGCCGCGAGAUCAGAUUGAGGCUCUUGAAUCUUCCUGCACUGUCCAGGCUCUCUGUCCUCAAAGGCACGUUCUGAUACGCUAGUGCAGUGCUGUCCGAUUGAAAGGUCAUGUAAAGCACCAAUGUAAUUUAUCAGCUUUUGACGUGUGGUUAGUUGCAGUUGAGUCAGCUCUGACUCAUGGUGACCUUAUGUAUAACAGAAUGAAAUGUUGACCUGUCCUGUGCCAUGUUUAUGACCGCUGGAAUGUUUGAGUCCGUUUUUUUGUGGCUAUUGUGUUACUCUCACGAAGGGUUUCCCGUGUCUUCGCUGACCCUCUUUUUAAGUAAACAUGUCGUCCCUUUCUAGUGAUUUUUCUUUCCUAAUGACCAAAGUAAGCAAGUGGAAGUUUUGCCAUCCUUGCUUCUAAGGAGCAGUCUGAUUGUACUUCUUCUGACUGAUAGGUUUGUUCUUCUGGCAGUCCACGGUCACAGUAUAGUCAAUAUUUUUCACCACCGGAAAGUGGGUGAAGUUAAUUUUACUGAUGUAUUUUAUUUAAGUCAGUACAUCUAAAAUAUUAUUUCAGCUUGUGGCCCUAGCUACAUUUUAGGGGCUCAGUAGUUUCAUGUGGCUGAGGGCUACAGUACUGAAUGGCACAGUUCGACUGAAUUCCAAAAGAGUUCAGGGUCUUAAACGAAGGUUUCAAAUAAGAUGAAUUUGUUUCCGGGGUCCAGGUCACAGCCCCUGUGGAACAAAGCAGCUCUUUUAUGGGGAGCCCCAGGGACAGAGCUCCCACCGGGUAGAAUACCCUUUUGACAUAGAAUCCUCAUGAAAGCUGCAGAGCAGAGAUAGAAGAACCCAGGAAGGAGCAGGUCCUGAUUUGGUUCACCAGAAGACAUUCUGUUUUUAUUCUAAAUUUUAUUUAAUUGUGUUGUUGUUAUUAAAAAUAUUCACAGCAAAACAUACAUCAGUUGAACAAUUUCUACAUGUACAAUUCAGUGACACUGAUUACAUUCUCUGAGCUGUACAACCAUUCUCACCCUCCUUUUCUGAGUUGUUCCUCCCUUGUUAACAUAAACUCACUGCCCCUCAAGGUUCCUAUCUAAUCUUUUGAGUUGCUGUUUUCGAUUUGGUCCCAUAAAGAUAGUUCUUAAAAGAGCAUAAUGCUGAAGGAAGACCUUUUUUGCUCCUUAAGCUACACUCUUUAAGGUGACUUCAGGGUAUAACUUUGGUUUAAGGUUUAAAGAUUAUCUCAGAGCAGUAGUUUCUUGGGUUCAUCCACCCUUCGUGGCUCCAGAAAGUCUAGCAUACAUGAGAAUUUGAAAUUUUGUUCAGCACUUUCCCCCCUUUGAUCAGGUUCUUCUACAGAAUCUUUGAUCAAAAUGUAGAGUGAUGGUAGCUGGACACCAUCCAGUUCUUCUCGUCUCAUGGCAAAGGAGGUAGUUGUUCAUGGAGGCAAUUAGCCACACCUUCCAUAUGCUCCUCCUAGUCCUGACUCCCCGCUUCCUGUGUUGCUGCAGGUGAAUAGAGACCAAUUGUUGUGCCUUGGAUGGCUGCUUGCAAGCUUUUAAGACCCCAGGCACUAUGCAGUGAACUUGGAGGUAAAAGAGAAGCACGAAACAUAUUAUUAGGCCAAUUAACUGGAACGUCCCAUGAAACCCCAUAGCCGUAAACCUCCAAACCAAGGAACCAACUCUCAUGAGGUAUUUGGUUGUACAUAAGCAGCCUCAGCAGCUACCCUUUUUUUGUCAUUGUUGUAAAUAUAGCUAUCACACAACUUUUGCCAAUUCAACUUUUUGCAGGUAUACAACUUGUUGAUAGCAAGUGUGAUAAUCAGCUGUGCAGCCCUACCCUUCUUAAUCAAUGCAGUAUUUCCAUUACCGUUAACCCCUCUUUUCCUCCUCCCUUCCACCCCAGGAAACCACUAAUAAACUUUGGUCCCUAUACAUUUGCCUUUCCUUGUCUUUGUAUGUAAGUGAGGUCAUGCGAUAUUUGUCCUUUUGUGAUUGGUUUAUUUCACUCAGCAUAAUGUCUUGAAACUGCCAUCCAUACCGUAGAUGUAUCAAGACUUCAAUACCCCUACUGACUGAGUAGUGUUCCAUUGUACGUAUGUACCACAUUUCGUUUAUCGGUUCAUCUGUUGCUGGGCAUUUAGGUUGUUUCCACCUUUUGGCUAUUGUGAAUAGUGCUGUAGUGAACAAUUCUGUACAAGUCUCUUUUUGAGUCUCUACUUUCAGAUCUUUUGGGUAUGUAGCUAGGAGUGGAAGUGCUGGGUCAUAUGGUAGCUCUAUUCUUAGUUUUUUGGGGGAACCGCCACUUUGUUUUCCACAGCAGCUGUACCAUUUUGCAUUGCCGCCAUCAAUGGAUAAGGGUUCCAGUUUCCCCACGCAGAAGCCAUUCUUGAUCCCCUUGCAUAGUAUGAGUCUGACUUGAUGAUGUUACUACAUUCAGAAACCAGCACAGAUUGUGUGGUAGUGGACACUGGACCAACUUGCAGAAGGUUGACCUGAGGUUAAGAGGGAUGGGUGACUGUCAGGCAACACAGGAAAAGCCACUUCACUGGAGAGGUGGUAAGGGCAUGAUCUCCAGGGAAGGCAGAAUCCGCCAGAGAUGAUGAAAUCCUAAGCAGCCCCCAUUGUCUUCCUUCUCUCUUUGGCUUCUGAGCUGCCCUCAUACCACGUCCAUCACCAUAUGUGGCAUUUGGAGAGAUCCUGGUGCUCCCUCUUUUCUGAGUAUAUAGAAGGAUGAAAUGAUAGCACUGGAAGAGUUUCCUAUGUUGGAAGCUGAGAAAUAUUGGGCUUCAGAUGAAUGACCUAUAGAGUUCCCCAGGGCAGAGUUAGGAACAAAGCAUAGUGCUUUUCGCUGACACAGGUGAAUUUCCUAAGUAUCUUAUCGAAAGGUUGUUUUGAGGAAACUGCAACCAAUUUAGAACAAAAAGGUAAAAAAUACAGUCAGUACAUAAAGUACCUCAUCUAUAUUUCAGAGUUUCUGUUUUGUGGCUUCUGUAACUCAAGGUGUAAAGACAAACUUAAUAGGAACUUGAUGAACAGUCCGGCCUGAGUAGUUUUUCAACAUUAGUUUUAAUGAAGGUAGGGGGUUUCAUCUUCAGUGUACCCAAAUUUGUUUAACCUACCCUCUGUUUUUUUUUUUUUCUUUAAUUGGAAGGGUAUAUAAGUUGCUAAUACAUCAGUAGAAAACAGUUUACCUUCGCCCAUGGAAAAUGCCAGGUUAAGUCCACAUGAUCAUGUCUGAGAUCCAUGUGUUCUGGUGGUGCUACUUCUGUGUGGUACUUUUAGCCUCUACUCAAGGGUUAACGGGAAAUCCUCCCAUAGGAAGGCUUUUCCUCCCGCUGCUGUGAUGAGAUCCUGAAGCUGUCAGUGUAGCAGCUGUAAGACAGAUCAGGUCUCUCCUGACCCCAUUCCUCUUUCCUUCCUAGCUGAAGCUUCACAGUUUUCUACCCUCUUCUAGGAGAGCAGAAAAUGAGUGUAUCUCAGCAGUAAACAUGAUACAAGUUUCCAAAAGCAUUUUCCAUGUCACCUGAUUCUGGACUCCUCAGAUUGAUCAGAGAUGUGCUGUUACAGGCUUCAGUGUCAUUCAAGGACGUGGCUGUGGAGCUGACCCAGGAGGAGUGGCAGCACAUGGGCCCCGUUCAGAGGACCCUGUACAGAGACGUGAUGCUGGAGAACUACAGCCACCUCGUCUCAGUGGGGUAUUGCCUUACCAAACCCGAGGUGAUCUUUCAGUUGGAGCAGGGAGAAGACCCCUGGUCCUCAGAGGAAAAAUUUCCAAACCAGAGCCACCCAGAUUAUGCUUUUGGUGUCCUGUCUAGAAACUUCCAAACACAAGGACUUAUAAUACCUCAGAAAUCACAGAUUGAGGAUAAAUGCUGUAAAUAUAACGAAUGUACAAGUGCUGUCUACCAGAAACUAGACCCACCACUACAUCAGGGAAAUCAUACAGAAGAGAACUCCUGCAAAUGUGGUGAAUAUGGGAAAUCGUUUUGUCAGAACACAGCCCUCGAUGUAUAUCAGCAAAGUGACACAGGAGAGAAGUCAUUUAAAUGUAAUGAAAGCAGGAAAUCCUUCUACCAGGAAGUACACCUCAUUCAGGAGCAGAGAACCCACUCAGGGGAGAAGCCUUAUGAAUGUGAGAAAUCCCUUUGUUCAAAGUCACACCCUGUUCAACAUCCUGGAAUUCAUGUGGUGAAGCUCAAUAAAUGGAGUGAAGGCGGGAGAAAUUUCUGUCGGAAGUCAGACCUCAGUGAACAUCUGAGAAUGCACACAAAGGAAAAACAUUAUUUAUACAGUGAAUGUGGGAAAUCUUAUAAGAAGUCAGCUCUCAAGAUACACCAUAGAAUGCACACAGAGAUGAAACUCUAUCAAGGUAGAGAAUGUGGGAAAAUAUUUGCCAAGACAUCACAUUUCAGAGAAUAUCAGAGAGUUCACACAGGGGAAAAACCCUAUGAAUGUGAUAAAUGUGGGAAAACUUUCUCUCAAAAGACACACCUCAUUGUACAUCAGAGAGUUCAUACAGGGGAGAAACCCUAUGAAUGUAAUGAAUGUGGGAAAACAUUCGCUGAUAAUUCAACCCUCAGAGCACAUCAGAAAAUUCACACAGGAGAAAAACCUUAUGAAUGUAAUGAAUGUGGGAAAACCUUCUCUCACAAGACACAGCUCAUUGCACAUCAGAGAGUUCAUACAGGAGAGAAACCCUAUGAAUGUAAUGAAUGUGCAAAAACAUUUGCUGAUUAUUCAGCACUCAGAGCACAUCAUAGAAUUCACACAGGGGAGAGACCCUAUGAAUGUAACGAAUGUGGGAAAGCUUUUGCCCAAAAUUCAACUCUCAGGGUACACCAGAGAAUUCACACAGGAGAGAAACCCUAUAAUUGUAAUGUCUGUGGGAGAUAUUUUGCCCAUAGUUCAGCCCUCAGAGUACAUAAGAGGAUUCACACAGGUGAGAAACCAUAUGAAUGUAAUGACUGUGAGAAAACUUUUUCCCAUAAUUCAGCCCUCAGAGCACAUCAGAAAAUGCACACCGGGGAGAAACUCUAUCAGUGUAAUAAAUGUGGGAAAACUUUUUCCCAGAAGACACACCUCAAUACCCAUUAUAGAAUUCACACAGGGGAGAAACCCUAUGAAUGUAAUGAAUGUGGGAAAACUUUCUCUCAGAAAUCAUACCUCAGUGGACAUGAGAGAAUUCAUACAGGGGAAAAACCCUAUGAAUGUAGUGAAUGUGGGAAAACUUUUGUCUAUAAGGCAACCCUCAUAGUGCAUCAAAGGAUUCACACAGGUGAGAAACCCUAUGGAUGUAAUGAGUGUGGGAGAACUUUCUCUCAAAGGACACACCUCUGUGCACAUCAGAGAAUUCACACAGGAGAAAAACCUUAUGGAUGUAAUGAAUGUGGGAAAACUUUCGCUGACAAUUCAGCCCUCAGAGCACAUCAGAGAACUCACACAGGGGAGAAACCUUAUGAAUGCAAUGAAUGUGGGAAAACUUUCUCAAAGACAUCACACCUUACAGCACAUCUGAGAAUUCGCACAGGGGAGAAACCCUAUAAAUGUAAUGAAUGUGGGAAAACUUUCUCCCAGAAGUCAUACAUUAGUGCACAUCAGAGAAUUCAUACAGGGGAAAAACCGUAUGAAUGCAAUAUAUGUGGAAAACCUUUUGGCCAUAAUUCAGCCCUCAGAGUACAUCAGAGAAUUCACACAGGAGUGAAAUCUUAUGAAUGUAAUCAGUGUGGAAAAACUUUUUCCCAGAAGUCACACCUUGGUGCGCACCUGAGAAUUCACACAGGGGAAAAACCCUAUGAAUGUAAUGAAUGUGGGAAAGCUUUUGCCCAAAAUUCAACUCUCAGAGUACACCAGAAAAUUCACACAGGAGAAAAACCGUAUGAAUGUAGUGAAUGUGGGAAAACUUUUCUCCGGAAGGCGGCUCUCAGAAUACAUCACACCAGAAUUCACACCAGAGAGAAAACGCUUACAUGUCAUGAACUUGGGGAAGGUCUUAUGAAGGAAAUUCUUCCUUAUUAGAUAACUCACACAGUGGAGAAAUCCAUGUUACAUAGGCUGGGAAAUAGUCCCCUUAACCAUUUUUCUUUCCAUUAGACAAAUAACUUGUCUUAAUUUCCCAAUCUGUUGUUCACUGAAGUCAGGCUGGUCAUGAAAUGUGAAUACUACUUGUGUAUAUUACGCUCCACACUGGCCCUUAAAAAAUUACCUCACAUUCAUACUGGCCUCUAUUAAACUGUAAUGGGGAUGAUUUCUCCCACAAACAUGGGUGCUGUGUAUUUAACAUGAUGGGGCAAAAGGAAAAAGAAGCUAAAGCCUCUUAGCUGAGUGGAACGGAAUUCUCCACUUCUAGACCUUCACCAGGUGGCUCCCCUAUUCCCCCCACCCCCAGGAAGAUUUAAGCUUGUAUUCUGUCAAGAUCUUACCAGUUUUAGUCUCUUUGUCAGAUGUUCAAAGCUUAGUCAACUCUCUGAUAAAGUAGGAUGAAACUCUCUGAGUAUAAUGAACGUGUGAAGGUUUGUGAGAACUGAACCAGUCAUAGUAUAUCAGAAACUCCACACAGAAAAGUCAACAUCCUAAAAGAUCAGAAGCCUUUGUUGAAAAUCGGAAAUCUUAGGGGAAAACAGGAAAGCCUUAUUUACCAUAAAGUGAAUCCCAUUAAACAUCACAUAACUAAGAUUAUUCUAAAAUCUUAUAAAUAUUUUGAAUACAUGUCAUUUUAAAUAUCGGAAGUUUGUUUUACGUCAGAUAAGUUUUUCUGAGGAAGUGUAUCAGUUUCAGAAUUGUAGAUAAAAUGUUCACUUGAAACUGGUAUACCGAAACUCAUGUUUGGUUUGUAAUAUUAUGAAGUUUUAUAGAAAAUAUAUAAGGAAAAGUUUAUAGGCAAGCUCACUGAGGAAUGUGCAAUUUUUAAAUGGAGGAAUAACUUGAGUUCUGUGAACAGCACCAAUAAAUGUGUUUGUGAACUGUGUCUGAGCUGUGUUGUGCCUCUCUCUGAGUCCAUAUGCAGAUGAUUCAUUACUACUGGUGAGUUCUAGUAAGAAGCAGCAGUUAGUCCUGCUCUGGAUCUGCCCACUUCUCUCUCCUGAAUGACUCUUUAUGUAACUUCUCUUGGCUUUUCUCACCUUGAUGCUGUUAGAUUUUGGCCAGCCUGCUAUGUCUGAAUAUUAAUCUGCCUCUGUUUUUCUACAGAGGUAGAGAUCCAUAUAUUUCUCAGUAACCUUAUACAUGUUUAUCUGUGUGGUGGAUGUUCAUUCUCACGUAUUUUUUGACCUCCGUUUUAUCCCAGUCUGCUGGUUCAUGUUGAACUGAGUCACUGUAAAACGAGGUAUCUCCCCGGCCCCCUAGUGGGCAUAUGGCCUCAGCAUCCCAUCUAGGAUCUCCAGCAUCAUGAUGCCAGCUCACACUGUGCAGCGUGGUAUUUUUACCCUGUUAGGACAGCUGGUUUUGGAAUGGCAAGGAAAAGAGUUACUUCAUGCCAGAAACAAAGCACUGAUACUGAAAACAGUAUAGUGCAGUAUAGCCUUAGCCAAGAAAACAUUUGGCCACUUUGUUCUCAUUUCAGGGUACUAGAUGCAGUCAGCUCAGAGAACAAAGUAAGCAAAAUCCUUAUUUAAAACCCCGGAACUAUUAAUUUUUUCCAACUCUGAGCUUGUUGAUUUCUGCAUGCUUUAUCUGCCCUGCGCUUACAGGGCAAACAUCCACCCUGAACUCUGGAAGGAAAGGCACAUUACAGACAUAUCACCAAGGUCUUCUUACCUAGAAGAGAGAUUACUUGAGCCAUAAGCUGGUAGAAACACUUCAGUGGUAAUCUUGAUUAAUUACUGGAAGCUGAAUGUGAACUAGUUUAAGAGAGAGGAACUUCGGGGGAGUAUAUCUAUAGCGAGGCCCCCACACUUUAAUAUGCUUUGUUUCCAGGAACCCCACGAGGGCUUGACUGUGGAGAGCUGACACGGAUCUCCUUUUGGCUCUGAUAGGAAGAGGCAAAGAGUAAUCAUUGUGAAAUAAACCCAGAGUUUUCUCCUUAGCAAAGGCCUACUGUUGAGGAAAAAGAUUGCCAAAGCCUUUCGCUAGCUAGGAGAAGGGGAUUCUUCCCACUCCAGCCCCCCUUCAGCCUUCCUAUAUCACCUAAGGGGGAGAAAAACAUAGUCAACAGGGGUGAAGGUUUCAUAGAAGGAGAUAGUGAAUGCUACAGCCCAUGAAGUUAAUAACGGAAAAAGGGGGAAAAGGUGUUUCCCUGGAGAAGGGUCAGGGACACUUGGAAAGUCAGUCUGAGACACAGGUAAACUAUUAGACUGAGAUUUAAUUGGUAGAUUAGGGAGCACUCUUCUUCUCCCACACCUUAACCACUAUACCAACAGGAAUUCUAUAUAAUGCCCGAGAAUUUUACCCAUAAGAUAACAGACUGUCUCUGAUUAGUAGUAAUUAGGGAAGCCCAAUGUCAAGAAGAGACAAAGAUAGGGACACUAGAAGAAUUUGAAGCCCCUGAUAUCUAUAGUUACAACAAAACAUACCUCCCAGCUCAUAGCCAUAAAUCUUCACACUACAGGCCUAUGUACUUCAGUUCCUGUUACCUGAUACAACAUGUCUGGCCUUCAGCAAAACAUUACAAAACAUGCCAAAGGCAAGAAAAAUAGUUUGAAGAGACAAAGCAAUCAUUAGAAGCAGACACAGGUAUGACACAGAUGUUGGAAUUAUCAGAGAAUUAAAAGUAACUAUGGUUAAUAUGUUAAGGAUGCUACUGGAAAAAACAGAUGGCAUGCAAGAACAGGUGGGUAAUAUAAACAGAGAGAAGGAAACUAAGAAAGAAAGGAAAUACUGCAAAUAAAAAAUACAGCAAUAGAAAUGAACACCUUUAAUGAGCCUAUCAGUACACUUGAGACUGCCAAAGGAAGAAUCAGUGAAGUUGAAUACAGGCCAAUACCAUGUUUUUAUGAAAAUAAUGUGCGCCUUCUACAUUUGUUUGCCGACCACUACCCACCACGAGGUAUUUUUGUAAGUGUGCUAUGCUAAUUUUUUUUACAGCAGCAUGUGAAAAAUUAGCAUAGCAGCACUGUCUUAGCAGUCUAAUGCUGUUAUAACAGAAAUACCACAGCUGAAUGGCUUUAAGAAAGCAAAAUUUAUUCUCUCACAGUCUGCUAGGCUACAAGUCCAAAUUUCAGGGCAUCAGCUCCAGGGGAAGGCUUUCUCUGUUGGCUCUGGAGGGAAGUUCCUUCUCGUCAGUCUUCCCCUGGAGUAGGAGCUUCUCUGUGCAGGAACCCUGAGUCUAAAGGACAUGCUCUGCUCCCAGUGCUUCUUUUUUGGUGGUAUAAGAUCCCCACUCUAUGCUUGUUUCCCUUUCUGUUUGAUCCUUGAGAGAGAAAAGUUGGUGCAGACCACACCCCAGGGAAACCCCCUUUACAUUGGGUCAGGAAUAUGACCUGGGUAAGGGGGUCACAGACGCACCCUAAUCCUCUUUAACCACAGAUUAUGAUCUAUAACACAUAGGAAAAUCACAAAACGGAAGAUAGCCACACAUGGCCUAGCCAAGUUGACACAUACUUUGGGGGGACGCAAUUCAAUCUAUUAGAGGCACUUGUGAAAAUAUCUCACAGGGGAAGGGAGCGCUUGGCAAACAAAUGUAGAAGGCACGUAUCAUUUGCUUUAAAAUACUGUAAAAGUUUCUGAAACUAAAAUGACAACAGAAAAAAAAAACAAACUCACUAUGUACUAAAACGAACAGUAUCAAAAGGUGUAAUAUACACAUAAUUGGAAUACUAGGAAGAGAACAAGAAUAAAACGGAAGAAAGAUUUGAAGUAAUGGCUGAGGACAUUUUUAAAUUAAUGACAGACACCAAAUCAAUGAUACAAGAGUCUCGGGGACAUGAAGCAGGAUAAAUGACAAAUAAAACCAAAUCCAGGCAUAUAUUCGAACUGCAGAAACCCAAUGACAGAAAAUCUUCAAAGAAGCUAAAGGAAAAACACACCUUCCCUAUAGAGGAAAAAGGAUAAGAAUUACAGCCAACUUCUUGUCAGGAAUCAUGCAAGCAAGAAGAGAGCGGAGUGAAAUUAGGUGUUGAAAGACAAAAACCACGAAACCUUAAAUUCUCUAUCCCCCCCCCCAGAAAAAAUCUUUUAAAGGAGAAAUAAAGACUUUAUUUGACAAAUAAACCUGAAAGAAUUCAUUAUGUAUAGACCUGUUUUGAGUAAGUGUUAAAAGAAGUUCUUUAGGCAAAAAGAGCAUGGUAUAGGUCAGAAACAUGUAUCUAAGUAAAGAAAGUGUAAGAGAAGGAAUAAAUGAAGGUAAGAUAAAAUGCUUUACUUUUCUUAAUCUAAGAGAUAACUGAUUAAACCAAUAAUAGUAAUAAUGUAUUGGGUAAUUGUAGCAUAGAAGUGAAGCGAAUUACAGCAGCGUCACAAGGAAUGGGAUGGAAGACUUAGACAUCCUCUGUUGUAAGGUACCAGCACUACACAUAAGGUGAUACAGUGUUAUAUGAAGGCGGAUUUACAUUUGUUAGAAAUGUAUAUUGUGAAAUGUGGGGUAAUGAUUUAAAAUUUCCAUAAGUAUAAUUAAUGUGCUUAAACAAAUAAAAAUGAAUCAUAAAAAGAUCAAUUAAAACCAAAGAAGGCAGAAAAUGAAUGGGAAAUGAAGAACAAAUGCAAUGAGUAGAAAAGAGCUACAAACAUGGCAGACAUCUCUCUGUAUAAAUCAUCACUUUAUAUGUGAACGGUCUAAAAAAUGAUACUGUAACUGUGUUGCACACAUAGAAUGCCUCAGAGUUCUAAGCAACAACAAGAUGCUAGAAUGAGGAUUCCACCCAGUGGCAAUGGCCACUGUAAGGGUGCUGUGUCCAUCUAAUCUGAUCAAGCAGUACUUAGGAGACAGUCACUAUGUUGGCAAAUUGAAAGCCUUUUUAAUUACCCACAGACAGCCAUUAGCAUAUGACAGCAAUAGUUCCACAAUGAGCGGUCCCCUGGCUAAAAGCUGUACUGGUGGGGAGGGAAAACUUCUCUACGCAUGCCCCCACACUAAACACUGUAGUCAGGAGACCCAAGGAAGAGUUUUACAAUGAAUUGGUCCCCUUGUCUUCUGGAAACUGCCCCUGUAGAGAGGUGCCUCCACUUGCAUUGUAGGUGAGGAACUCUAAGGGCCUUCCUUAAUCCAAUCCGCCCUGGCUGGGUAGGCUAGCUCUGUGAGAUGGAGAGGUCUGCUAUGUGUGCACCAACCUGGCGCCAGAGGUACUCUGAAGUCCCUCCCCCCAGCUAUUUUUAUACCUCAACAUCAGUGUCAACUCGUUAAACGGAAUGCAAUAUAGAUUUUCCAGGCUGACCACCCGAGGUGGGGGGUAUGGUCAGACACUUUGGCACCAGCCUGGAAUGAUAUCUCUGACUCUGCUGAAAAAGAGCAGGCUCAGAAUGGGGGUGCAGUGGUUUGUCCCGAGCCCUAAAGAUGCUAACUGGGUGAGAAACAGGGAAGACAUACCCACCAGCCAUGGCUGCCAGGCUUGUCAGAAGGACUGCCUCCUUACAAACUAUUCCAUAUAUUCGGGAAGGUAGAGAAAGCCUAGGUAGGAUAAAGAGAGACAUGGAAGCUGUAAAAUACUAAAAUACCAAAAUCAGACUUAUAGACAUGAAAAUACAGUAUCUGAUAAGAAAAAUGGAAACCCUGGUGGUAUAGUGGUCAAGAGCUACGGCUGCUAACCAAAAAGUCGGCAGUUCAAAUUCACCAGCAGGUAUUUGGAAACUCUAUGGGGCAGUUCUCUGUCCUAUAGGGUCACUACGAGUCGGAAUGAACUCGAUGGCAGUGGAUGGUGGGAUAAGAAAAAUACACUGGAUGAGUCCACCUCUCAGCUCUUACCUGUUCUCAUUAAGCAUGGUUAAUUUUAUAAGCCCACUACCCUCCUUGGAUAUUGCGGCAGAGGGUGGAUAACAACCCAAAUGAAAAGGGUGUGUGUACAACACCUGGACACUGUAUUUGUAACUACCACAAGCCGGGUUCUCAGACAUUCCUGUAUCAUUGACUUCAGCCAGGAUCUCCUUUCAGCGGGUAACCAAGUAUUUAACAGGUCAAACACAGAAGAGCCAAGUGGGUUCCCUGUCUAUAGCCAGUGAACUUGCUUUUGUAUCUAAACACGUAAGCCAAACAUUUAAGGGCCCAGUCUAGCCAGAGUUCAGGCUGGGUAUAAUUGUAUAAAUCUUGGCAACAGUUAACAACAUAGGUGGCUCCAUUUGGUCCAGGCACUUCCCACAGUCGAAUCACCAUUACGAUACUGGGUUCUGCCUCUUGACAGCGGUGAAGUUGUGAACUGUGACUUUUAGGACCAGAAGUGCCAAAGGAUCACUUGAUUCAGAGGUGGAGUGGGGUUCUGGAUGGCAGAUCCAACAGUUUGUGAGAUUUCCUGCUGGGCCUUGUCUUGCCAGGCUACUGUCCCGCCUUUGUCAAACUCAUAGAAUCAUGAAUGGCCCUCCUCAACCCCUACCCCUCAGUUGUCAUGGGGAAGGAGCAGCUCCCUCACUAUCUAGGGAGAAAUGUUUUUUGUUUUUGGUCUAUGGCCACCCAGUCUGACGUUUUCUCAUUACCGCUGCCUCCCCCUUUUCUCUCCUGUCUGUGGUGUGUACCCACACCUUUUUGCCAUUUUCCUCCAUAGAGAGUUCAGUGGAAACAACUGAAACACCUCUCAGGUACCCUAAGAUAUGGCCCAUAUAAACAGGGGGCCCAUAAACAGGCAUCUUGAAAACUCCUCAGUGGAGUCUCUUGGCCCAGAAGGCCCUGCACACUAGACUAGGUACUCAAAAGAAGUCAAGACUUUGAUGUCUUAUUGAUGUCAUCUUCAUCACGUCCCAGGGCCUUCAGUCAAGCAUCAUUUACCACCUUAUUCCAUGGGUGCUCAGUCCUGCAAGGCCCUUUGCUAUGGGCAUCGACAUAGGUGACAAACAAGUCAGACCGCUCAUCAGCUUGACCCAGGUGUCGACAUCCUACACCUGGGAGUGUUUAAUUGUCCGAGAGUCUUCUCCAGGCUCCAGACCUCAGAGCCAGUCCAUUGGUGGCUGCCCAUGAGUCAGUACCAAUUAAGUGUAAUAAACACUUACUCUGUUAAAGUAAAGCAAGGAGAUGUACUGCAGGUUCAUUCACAGUGUGGACUGGUGAAAACGUCUAAUUUUAAAGAAGAAAUGCUUCCAAAAUGGUGAAGCUGCAGAGGCCUUUUAAGGGAUGAGAACAAUGGACUUGAGCUGUGCUAUUUGGAGUGGACAUUACCAACUUAGAUUAAUACAAGGCAGGUUAGUGGAAGUAGCGCUAGGAGGUGGAAGGUUAGAGGACAUUUCUGUCUUAGAAACAGCUUGCUCAAGUGAAAUUUUUUGUCAGCAGUUGCCUAGGAGACCUAGAUAAGCGUCAACAUCAAGGUCUUCUUCCUGAGACAUUGUUUCAGGAAGGGACUUGAUAGCUCCUGCAAAACUAUACAUAAUCAAAGGAAGGCAAGAUGGAGUAGGGCCCCAAACUCUAAAGCAGCCAUUUUACUUGAGUCAAGCGCUUCAGUUUACUUGCUCUUACUCAGUAUAAAUGCACGCCGGCCCAUCGGAGGUCUGGACCACUGCAAGCCAUACCACACAGAGCUCAGUCCAUUGGGCGUCGUGCCCACAUCCACCAUCAGUUACCACAACUCCAUUGCCAAGGCUGAUGACAGCUGCUGAUCUUCUCACAUGCCCUGGUUUUAGCACAGCUGAACUGUCUGUGAACCAACGAGUGCCACGUGGCACGUCUUUAAGCUGCAGUCCUCAUUGUGCACUGGGGGCUGGCAGGUUAUCUGGAGCUGGUUGGCAAUACAGCCCCUUGUUUCUGUAGGCAGUUGACUCACCUAGGCCAAUGUAAAAACGAAGGAAUCUAGUGGGGAUCCUCCCUUGUCCCCCCUCUUUUUGGAUAUGAGCACACAUCAUGAAGAUGUGCAACCCCGUGGCCGUAGAACUGAUUUGCUAGGAGGGAGUAGAACUGCCCCAUAGGGUUUCCACAGCUAUAAUCUUUAUGGAAGCAGACUGCAACAUCUGGUGGGUUCAAAUCACCGACCUUUUGGUUUGCAGCCGAGCGCUUUAACCACUAUGUCACCAGGGCUCCUGGAAGAUGUGCAAGCCGGCCCUUAAUGCCUAUAUUUCCCCCUGUUUUAGACAGCCAGUAUUUUAGGUGCCCAUUUUCUCUGGGAAUAAAGCCAUGGCCUCUAGUCUGAAGAAUUAUGCAGGAUCUUAUGUUUUGGCUUCUUUGCAAAACUCUCAGCAUCCGCAUCCUUAAGCAAAGUUCAGUUCAAAGUAAGUGUAGCCUCCAUGUCUACCAGCAUCAAGGCCUUCUCCCUGGGGAACGUGCCUGCGUAGUCUCUGGAAUCUGUCUCCUCUUGGCAUGCAGCACAGUUUUUACUGGCCUUUUAUGCCUCAGAUGAGGCAAGAGGACUAUGCCAAGGUUUAGCCCAUCCCCGCAUCACUGCUC